GUGCCUGCAGAGAGGCGUCAUCCACCUUGCAGACGCCAGUGGGACAGCUUCAGGGGUGUGCACCUGCCUAGAUGGAGACCACUGUGGGGACCCUGGGCGAGAAUACCACAAACGCUUUCACCGACUUCUUUUCUGCACGUGAUGGCAGUGGAGCCGAAACCUCCCCCUUGCCAUUCACUUUCAGCUAUGGUGACUAUGACAUGCCCUCGGAUGAAGAGGAGGAUGUGACCAACUCUCGGACUUUCUUUGCUGCCAAGAUUGUCAUUGGCAUGGCUUUGGUGGGCAUCAUGCUGGUGUGUGGCAUCGGCAACUUCAUCUUCAUCACUGCGCUGGCCCGCUACAAAAAGCUUCGCAACCUCACCAACCUGCUUAUCGCCAACCUGGCCAUUUCGGACUUCCUGGUAGCCAUCGUGUGCUGCCCCUUUGAGAUGGACUACUAUGUGGUACGCCAGCUCUCCUGGGAGCACGGCCAUGUCCUGUGCGCCUCCGUCAACUACUUGCGCACCGUCUCCCUCUACGUCUCCACUAACGCCCUACUGGCCAUUGCCAUUGACAGGUAUCUGGCCAUUGUGCACCCUCUGAGACCACGGAUGAAGUGUCAAACGGCUGCAGGCCUGAUCUUCCUGGUGUGGUCCGUGUCCAUCCUCAUCGCCAUCCCAGCCGCCUACUUCACCACUGAGACGGUGUUGGUCAUCGUGGAAAGCCAGGAGAAGAUCUUCUGCGGCCAGAUCUGGCCGGUGGAUCAGCAGUUCUACUACAGGUCCUAUUUCCUUUUGGUCUUCGGCCUCGAGUUCGUGGGUCCUGUAAUCGCCAUGACCCUGUGCUAUGCCAGGGUGUCCCGAGAGCUCUGGUUCAAGGCGGUGCCCGGCUUCCAGACAGAGCAGAUCCGCCGGAGGCUGCGCUGUCGCCGACGGACGGUACUGGGGCUCGUGUGCGUCCUUUCUGCCUAUGUGCUGUGCUGGGCUCCCUUCUAUGGCUUCACCAUCGUGCGUGACUUCUUCCCCUCCGUGUUUGUGAAGGAGAAGCACUACCUCACCGCCUUUUACGUGGUGGAGUGCAUCGCCAUGAGCAACAGUAUGAUCAAUACGCUGUGCUUUGUGACUGUCAGGAAUAACACCAGUAAGUACCUCAAGAGGAUCCUGCGGCUCCAGUGGAGGGCCUCUCCUAGCGGGAGCAAGGCCAGCGCUGACCUGGACCUCAGGACCACGGGGAUUCCUGCUACGGAGGAGGUGGACUGCAUCCGACUGAAAUAAGCAAAAUGGUGCCACAGCGCCCGGGUGCACACCGCAACGAUGAACUCGGCUUUCUGUGGAAGGCAGAGGAAAGAGACAACCGCUUAGACACACUAUUCAAGGGGCACUGAAGUGUGGAAUUUCUGAAAUGGAGAUCUGAGAUACUGUCGCUGGUCAGGGUUCACUGGAUGUCUAAAUUUUGCAAGAGUAGACACCAGUGAAAGUCCUUUGACAAAAUGAAGUGGGGAUUAUAGCCAGGAAAUAUGGUUUGGAGGGUCUGGAAAAGGGUGUUUGCAGAGAGAAGGCAGAGCAGGCU